AUGGUAGGUUUCUUGCGGAACCUAAACCCCGUCAGUGGAUUAGGACGACAUGUAAGAAGUCAAUUGCGACUUUUUGGCUCAGCAACGCCGUUCGACCUGGAACUAGACGCCCAAAAUGAUAAAUACUCAGAGCUGAACAACAUGUACACUACAAUGUUCACGGGAAAAGAUUCAGAAGCUACAACACCAAGUUCUAGUGGUCUCAAAACAAAUUCCAGCUCUCUCGAAUCGGAAAUUGAUGAGAUCAAUGCAGAGCUUCUUGAUUCUUACAGUUUUUCACCCAAGGUUCUUUCUGGAAAAGAGUUGGCAGAAAUUGUUAAAACAUCCGGACGGUUCAUGAUUCAAAGCUUGUCUAGAAAUCCAUACUAUAAUCUGGCUGUGGAGGAUUAUGUAUUUAAAAAUACUCCUGUGGAAAAAGGCGGGCCGUUUUUUGACGAGAGACUUCUUUUCUAUGUCAACGACAAAUGCGCUGUCAUUGGUAAGAACCAAACACCUUGGAAAGAACUAUUUCUGCAAAAUUGCAAGUCCCGGGGCUACCAAUACGUACGAAGACUUUCAGGUGGAGGAGCUGUUGUACACGAUCUAGGAAAUGUGAAUUACUCCUACUUAACGUCCCGCGAUGCGUUCCGUCGUGAAUAUUUUAACGAGCAGAUCGUAGCAUGGCUUAAGGAAGCUCAACCAAAGGCAAAUAUAAGUCUUAACGAGCGUGGUGAUAUUCAAUUAGAUGAUUACAAAAUAAGCGGGAGCGCUUUUAAAAUUGCAGGCGGGAAGUCAUAUCACCACGGCACAAUGUUGGUGAAUGCCGAUCUGGCUUCUUUCAGAGGACUACUCAAGCCAGCUCAUAUCGAUGGAAUUACUUGGUCGGGGGGCAGUGUCGAUAGUGUAAGAUCUCAUGUCAAGAACAUACAGGACGCGGGCAUCAAGAGUACAACAGAUUUUAUUGAUAUCUGUACCAAAGGCUUCAGAUCCAUUUUUCAGGAAAACGUACCCAUUUAUUUGGUUGACGAAGUUGAGACGCAGACUGAGGAGAUUAUGAAAACUGCUGAGCAGCUGGCCAGCGAUGAGUGGUUAUAUGAUAAUGGGCCAAAAUUUACUGUCACUGUGAAUGACUCCAAAUUUUCGGUGGAAAAGGGCCUGAUUGUAGACUGUCCAAGCCCCCAUAUGAAGGGUGAACGAUUCAAGAACUUUGUUGAUUCGUUUAAUAGGCAAGAAUCCGAGACCCCCAAAAUAACAAUAUGA